AUGAACAUUUUUAGAUCAAAUGAAAUUGUUAUGCCUGCAGAACAUACUGGUGCUGUUUUAGAAAACUAUUUAUGGAAAGUUUUGUUACGACGUGCAUCCGGUAAAGAUGGAUCUUACAUACAAGCACCGAGUGGAGUUUUUGACCAUGAACUAUUUUCUAUUUGUUGGGGUCCUACUUUAGCUGCAUUAAGCUUUAUAUUUGAUAAGUCGAUUCAUCAAACCGUUUAUACUAGAACAAUAUUUGGUCUUAGAAAAUGUGCAUUUAUUUGUGCCCAUUAUGGAAUGUGUGCUGAAUUUGAUAGCCUUAUCAUAUCAUUGUGCAAGUUUACUAAUUUACAGAACAACCCAGAUUGUCCAGAAAAUGUUACAAUACUGUUUGGAAGUAACCCUAAAUCUCGACUGGCUACUCGUACUCUUUUUAGUCUGACCCAUAUGUAUGGUGAUAUUAUUCGUGAGGGUUGGUCUAGUAUAUUCGACAUAAUCUUACAACUGUAUAAAUGCAAACUAUUACCUACCAUAUUAGUCGAGUCUGAAGAUUUUCUUGAGCUCAGUGGUAAAGUUUCAUUGAUACGUGAAACAGUGCCUUCAGGUUCACAAAAAUCAGAAUCUGGACUGUUCAGUUCACUUUACUCUUACAUAGCUUCUGGAGGUGAGACAAUUAAUCAUAAAAUACAGACAUCAAAUGAACCUGAGUUAAUUAUUACAUCUAGAGACUGUAUAUCUGAGAGUCGCUUGGAAAGUCUAAUUACAGAAUCUAAGUUUCUCACUAUAGAAUCUUUGGAAGCUUUAGUAAAAGCAUUAAUUGGAACAUUUUAUAAGCCAGAGGGUGUAUUAGCACUUGGGUCACGGGAAAGUGAAAAUGCUGCUAGUUUCCUAUUAGAAAUGCUUCUCAAAAUAGUUUUACAAAAUCGGGAUAGAGUGAACACCCUAUGGGAUGCAGUUAAACAACACCUGUACAACCUUAUAACAGGUGCUAUUGAACAUAAUCACAUGUUUCUUUUGGAACGCACUGUUGUUGGACUAAUGAGAUUAGCAUCUCGCCUUAUGAGACGCGAAGAAAUAAGUUCAAUGGUAUUGCAGUCAUUAAAUGUUUUACUAUUGCUCAACAAAGAUGCUUUACAAAUAGUUGGCCGUCAAAUAGCAUUUGGAAUGUAUGAAUUAUUAAAAAUGUGUGCCGCAAAUAUUCACACCAGAGAUGAUUGGACAUUAAUCUUUUCUAUUUUAGAGUAUGUCGGAGCUGGAAUUGUUGUAUCUAAAAGCAAUAAUAUAGAUAAUCGGUCUGAUAAUGAAGUAACAAGUGUAAGUGAUAGUAAUGAUGACAGUGGCUUAGACGUAAAAUCAGUUAAUAAUGCCUCGACCCCUUCGUCAUCACCUCCAGAUAACAAAUCAGAUUGGUUAAAGAUUGAAACAAACCCAGGGGCGCUAGAAAUCUGGCCAGAUUGUUCAACAUUUAAACGUCAUGACCCAUUAUCUUUUGUUAAAUGCUGUGAGUGUCUGGCGUUUUUAGUGCGUAACAUUGCACAUAUUACACCAUACAACUUUAUCAAAUGUGUCUCAGUCAUAAAAAAUUUCGCUCGUGCCAGUUUACAAUCAAAAGAUAAAAAUGUACGCCAAAAAUUGGGCAACAAAACAAAAACCAAUUUGAAAUCAAACAAAAAUAAAUUGUCUAAUCCAUAUGAUGCAGACGAUAGUGACCCUGAAGACAUUCCAAGUAGUUACACUCAAGUUUCUAUUCAACUUCUUGAUCUUAUGCACACAUUGCACACGAGCACUGCAGAUAUAUAUCGUUGGUGGUCAGAAGAAAAUCCAGACACAGAACUUAUAUCUUUGUGGAGUUAUGGGUGGUGUCCAUUACUCCAAGGUAUAGCCAGUCUGUGUUGCGAUUGCCGACGUGAUGUGAGGAUGAGUGCUGUGACAUACCUACAACGUGCCCUUUUAAUGCACGACUUAGCUACACUCAACGGUGAUGAAUGGGAAGCUUGUUUCCGCAAAGUCUUGUUUCCAUUGAUGAACAAACUGUUAGAAUGUGCAACCGAUAUUGAUCCAAGCGGUUUAGAUGAAACGAAAAUGCGGUCUGCCACUUUGUUAUCAAAGGUUUUCUUACACCAUUUGACUCAACUUCAAUCACUACCAACAUUUGUUGACUUAUGGAUCACUGUUCUGGAACUGAUGCACAAGUUUAUGAUAUCUGACAAUAGUGACACUCUGAGUGAAGCAAUACCAGAAACAUUGAAAAAUAUGUUAUUAGUGAUGUUAAACGGAAAAACAAACAGUAAAGAAGAAUUGCAUAGCAAACAAACUUUCUGGGAUGCUACUUGGACUAAAGUAAAUACGUUUUUACCCCAAAUGUCCAAUGACUUGCUUCAACAUCACAAUAGCAGACAAAUUAAAAUGCAAGACCAUGUCUCUCAAUUAACAGAUGCCUCAUCAGAUUUAUCAGAAGUAACUCGAUCAAUUACUCCGGACAUUAUGUCUCCUUUGGAACUAAAACAUGCAGAUUUGAAUACUCGAUCACCCUUUUUGUCUAGUCUUUAUCGAAGUGUCAAUCAAAACUCAGUAAUGGAUGUACAGAAUUUUGUCAAUCAUACUCAGCAUGUCGAGGAUGAUCAAAAUGACGAACUGAUCGCAGUCAUUACAACUGUUCCGAUUUCUCAACCUUAUAUACUCACUAAUGAGAGCGAAGAAUCUGAAAACAGUAAUAACAAACCAGAUUGUGAAGUAAACCAACAACUGCAUUGA